UGUUUUCCUUUGGAGAGGUUUGUGUAUUAGCUAGACUCCGCUAUAAGAAGUUUCAUGUCUGAUCAUUACAGACGAGUGUUUUUGUUAUUGUUCUUCAUAAAAUUUAAGACAUUUAUGAAGAACGCAAUAACAGAAACAUCUGUGCCAAUAGUAGGUGAGAGGUUUUGCUUGAAGAGUGUGGUAUCAUAGUGACUUCGCUGCAUUCUUUCUCGCUCUGGAUAACCUUGGGUCAUGUGUAAAACAGAUAAACGUAGUGAAAGAAUACAUGCCAAAUUGAUAAGAAGUGUAGAAUUGUGGUGGAAAGGAUGACUUCACGAACAUUCCGCCUUGCUCUGAUCCAGCUUGCUGUUGGUGAAGAUAAAUUAGAAAAUGUUAAGGAAGCUUUAAGAUUCAUUAAGAGGGCUAAGGAGAAUGGAUCACACGUGAUUGCUCUACCAGAGUGUUUUAAUUCACCAUAUGGAACAAAAUUUUUCCCAAAGUAUGCGGAGCAAAUACCAUCAGGACAAACAAGCAUUGCUUUGUCUGAGGCAGCUGAGGAAAACCAGGUAUACCUUGUUGCUGGCUCAAUCCCCGAGAAAGAUGGUGAAAAGUUGUAUAACACCUGUACCAUCUGGAAUCCAUCAGGGGAACUUGUCACCAAACAUCAAAAAGUUCAUUUGUUUGAUAUCGAUAUCCCUGGUGGUAUCCGUUUCAAAGAGUCAGAGACUUUGACUGCUGGGAAAAAAUUGACGAUCUUCAACACCGAUAUUUGUAAAAUUGGAAUUGGAAUUUGUUACGACUUGAGAUUCGAUGAGAUGGCUCGACUUUAUAGGAAGGAAGGAUGUGAUCUCCUGCUGUAUCCGGGAGCAUUCAACAUGACGACAGGUCCGUUGCAUUGGGAAUUGCUACAGCGGGCCAGAGCAGUAGACAACCAGGUUUUUGUUGCGUCUGUGGCUCCUGCACAAGAUAAGAAUGCUGAUUAUGUGUCUUGGGGGCAUUCACAAGUGGUCGAUCCGUGGGGAAAAGUUAUCGCAAAGACAGAAUUUGAUGAGGCGAUAGUAUAUGCUGAUAUUGACUUGAAAGUUGUCGACGACGUGAGACAACAGAUUCCGGUAUUUGGUCAGAGAAGAACUGACUUAUAUGAUACAGUUCGCAGGGAUUAAAGGUAUUUUUAUGCAGUCUGUUUUUUUGGUGUUCAUCAGGGCGAUGACUUGUCUCCCUGACGAUAGUCUACACGGCGCUACGACCGCCAUGAGAACCUGAUAUCCUACUGUGGUGGUGCGAAGGUCAAGUGUCGGAAUUAAAACAUGUUAACUCUGGAUAUUUGUCAUGAAAUUUAUAUAUUGCCUAGGAACACAUAAAUUGUUACGUCGGGCUUAUGGUCGUUUGACAUGAUUUUUGCCGUCAUUAUUCACAGUGAUAUGCAACAGUGUCAUAUGAACCAAUUAUUUUCAUUAUAGUACAAGCUUGUUUAGUCUACGCCUUUAUUACGUCGAGCGUGAUCGAUGUCAUUUGUCGGCUGACAAUAAAAAAUCUUGCGAUGGUAAUUAUGAAAAUGAA